AUACACAAUCAACCGGCUUUUGCACACGGCACUUUGUUUUCUUCUAUCGCUAACAAAUUAUCUCUUGAAACCGUGACUUUGCAAAUAAGUUGUAUUUUGAAGCUUUAUCAAUCUUUAAAGAACUUUUUUCAGUACCGGCGGUGCACGAUUCCCGAAAACAGGUACUAUAUACAACAAAAAUGGGUGAUACUACAGGAAAGGUUAUUUCUUGCAAAGCGGCCGUUGCAUGGGAACCCAAAAAACCACUUUCCAUUGAGACAAUUGAUGUAGCUCCCCCAAAGGCUGGUGAGGUGCGGAUUAAAAUCAGUGCUUCUGGAGUAUGCCACACUGAUGCAUACACUUUGGAUGGACUUGAUUCCGAGGGCGUUUUCCCAGUUAUUCUCGGUCAUGAGGGCGCAGGCAUUGUGGAAAGUGUUGGCGAAGGCGUGACUAAGUUCAAACCGGGAGAUCAUGUAAUUCCAUUAUACAUCCCACAGUGCUUUGAGUGCAAAUUCUGCAAAAGCCCUAAGACUAAUCUGUGCCCGAAAAUUCGAGCUACCCAAGGGAAAGGACUGCUUCCGGAUGGAACGUCGCGUUUUAGUUGCAAGGGUCAACAGGUGUUCCAUUUCAUGGGCACAUCCACAUUCUCCGAAUACACUGUUGUGGCUGAUAUUUCUUUAUGCAAGAUCGACGAUUCUGCUCCACUUGAAAAGGUAUGCCUAUUAGGAUGCGGAAUUCCGACCGGUUACGGAGCAGCACUGAACACAGCGAACGUUGAAAAAGGCAGUAGCUGUGCCAUUUGGGGGUUGGGUGCCGUUGGCUUAGCUGUCGCGAUGGGUUGCAAAGCUGCAGGAGCAAGCAGAAUCAUUGGAGUUGAUAUCAACCCAGAUAAGUUUAAACUAGGAAAAAAGUUUGGCUGUAAUGAAUUCGUAAACCCCAAGGAUUAUGAUAAACCAAUUCAACAAGUUCUGAUUGAAAAAACCGAUGGUGGAUUGGAUUAUACGUUUGAGUGCGUUGGCAAUGUGUUGACAAUGCGUGCCGCUUUGGAAUCAUGUUCUCGCGGAUGGGGACUGUCAACUAUUAUCGGUGUUGCUGAGUCGGGACGUGAGAUUUCGACUCGUCCAUUCCAACUUGUGACUGGUAGAACCUGGAAGGGUACCGCUUUUGGAGGGUGGAAAAGUGUCGAAAGUGUACCAAAACUAGUCACCCAAUAUUUGAACAAGGAGUUAAUGAUAGACGAAUUUAUCACUCACACUAUGCCGAUUGAUAAGAUCAAUGAUGCAUUCAUUUUGAUGCACGAAGGAAAAAGCCUUAGAUCUAUUGUUGAGUUUUGAUUUUUUUUUUAAUAAUGUAAAAUAAAUGAAAUUCACCUUUAUUUACGCAAAUUGCUUUCAAAUUCAUAAUUUUGCCUUAAAAUAAUUUCGAAGCUGAUGGACAAUAACCAAUAACCAAACAGCACAUAGAAAAUGUAUACUCAGGGAUGCCAGGUACUUUUGUUCCUUAUCUGCAGCAGUGAAAUGUUGAAAAGUUCAAAUGUUUUCAAAAUUCUGCAAAACCUGUAAAUGGAGAAAAUCGUAACUUAUUAGAUUUUAUUCAUUAUGUUUAUGCUAACAUAUGGUAUUAUUUUGUCAUUAGAUUUAUAUUUUGUAAGGAAAGUGGUUUUCAUUUUGAUUAAAUGCAUGUUGUAUCCACUCCCGCAUAAACGAGAACAAUA